AUGAGCGCACCAAAUUCUGGACCAGGUCCCCGUCCGUCCGGGGAUCUCGACAGGAAAGGGUCAGUCAAGCAUGCCAGACAGCUGCUCGAGGCUGGUGUGCGUCCAGAGCGAACAUCGCCAUCCAACCAGAUGAGACAACAACCUUUGCCUAGAGACAUUUCUCACCGGACACAAUGGCCUUUGCCUGACUCAGGCUUACCGCCAAAUCCAAUCAACCAUCACCCAAGGUAUUUGCUCCCACAGGGACCUCCUCCACAAAGACCGCCACGCCCAAGUGAGAUCCCUUCGCGUCAGAGUCAAAUUCCUUCACCGUCAAUCUAUUCCGAACGGGAUGGUCAGGAGUCGGAAACAAGCUCAAAUAAUGCACCACGGCCUCCCCGAUCAUUUUCACAGCUGCAGCCGCCCCCGCCGUUGCAACCUCGGCGGCCUGUUAAGGCUGAACCUCCUGUCAGUCCCACUAGUACAGUUGACAUGACUCCUCGUAUCUCAAUUGCCACCGAUGAUCUGUUCAGGCAAUCGACCGCCUCCUCGACGGCUUCAAUCCCAGAUAUGCCACCAUUCCCGCCUCCAGUUCCAGCGCUCGAACCCAAUGGUUCCCAAGAUACUUUCCAGCGGACAGCAGGUCUGGUCGCACCUCCCAAUGCACGACGACCCCCUCGAGCACCGUCAGCUGUGGCUCCUAUUCCAGAGGAUCUUCCUGAUCCCCGUUUCACCAAGGGCUCGUUUGCAUCCAGCCGAGCCAUCCCGUCUAGUUGGGGCUCUGGUCCCCCGGAAUCAGAGAUUCUGGGAGCCUAUUUCGAUGUGGAAUCUGACGAGGACGCCGACGAGGAUCACACAAGUCUCAAAGAGGAAAACGCAACUCUCGUCCGAAGCGCCAGUCUUGGAAAGCGUGGAAAGCCAACAAUGCGCACAAUCACCAAGUCCAACCCGGUUUCUGUAGUUUCUCUUACAGACGUACCAUCCACCCCCAAGGAGAACUCAAACAAAGCUGCAGUCGUAGGCGCAGGCGCAGCCGCGGGAAUGGCAACAGGAGCUGCUGCCAACAAAAUGCUCCGCCCACCAAGCAACUUACGCAAGGCGUCUACUUCUACUGCAUCGAGUGACUCUUUGAAGGGCAUUGACCCAGAGAAGCCACCUUUCCUUCUGCGUGAUCAACAUAAUUCGACAUACAGUGUUGGUCUGGAGAAGGAGAUCGAGGUCUUCGGCGGAGAUCUACCUAGAGCUGCACCUACUAUGAGUGAUAAGAGACCUGGAGGUCGCAAGCCUCCUGCUCUGAAUAUGGGUGCCCUGCGAGAUGCAGAGGCUCGUGGAAGUCUUUCCAGCUUGUCUGAUUUGAUCCGUCGUGCUACCAAGCUUGCGUCAAACCUAGACCACGGCCGAACUGCCAGCCGCAAUGAUUUGGCUGCAGGUAAUGAAGCAGGGUUCAAGGCUGCCAUGGGAAAUGGUGAGAGGCGCCGUCGCAACUCAGGCUCUCUUUCCGACAUCCUCGCUUCCUUCCCUCCUCCAGGUCUGCAGACCCCCGAAGGCCGUGGAUCCUGGCCCGUCUUCUUCGGCCGCUCAAACCUGCGCAACGUCGAGCAGCUCCACUCCAACGACGACGACCCGAACGCCCCCAAGCGCAAAAAAACCUGCUGCGGAAUUCCUCGCAAGAUUUUCGUGAUCAUCUGCAUUGUCAUUUUCAUCAUUGUCAUCCUUGCAAUUCUCCUUCCCGUCUUCCUUGUCGCCGUCCCUCGCGAAAAGGCAAACAAAGACGCAGCCUGCGCAAGCAUCAACCCCUGCAAGAACGGUGGUAUCAGUGUCUCGAGUGUCAGUGAAUGCUCAUGCGUCUGCUCAAAUGGUUAUACCGGCUCGCAAUGCACGGUCGAGAACGACGGUAGCUGUACCACUCACGCCAUCCAGAGCGGUACCUCGACCAAAAACGCAACCAUGGGCAGCUCGCUCGCAGAUUUGUUCGAUGAGUCUAAGAAGAAGUAUGAUAUCACUCUCGAUGCCUACACUAUCAUGGCUCUCUUCAGCAUGAACAAUGUCUCGUGCAAGACGGAGAACGCGCUUGUUGCUUUCAGCGAUGUCAAGACCACCAACAGCACCGGCAGCAACACCCGUCGCUCUCUCGACCUGUUCGCAGACUCCGAAAAGCUCCGCGCUUCUCCUUCUCUCGUGAACUCCAGCCCAACACCUGUCCUUGCAGCCCGCGCCGAAGCCACUACCAAUGGUAUCUUGUACUUGCCCGAGGCAACCACCACUGGGACGGCCACUGGGACGGCCUCUGGCACAGCCGCUGGUACAGCUACCAAGAUCAGUUUCCAGCCCUCUUCCACCGCCGAGACAUCUACUGCCCCCUCUACUGCGACUGCAACGGCUGUUCCUGCCAACGUGCUGGAAUUCUCUCAGGUUGCUGUCUUGUACAUUCUGCAGAAGACUGGCUCUCUCAAUACAGCUAUGGCCUCUGGCGAUCACAUUGAAGAGUAUCUGACUGAUUCCUACACGAAUGCUACCCAUCCUACUAUGAAGGAGGGGGCGUUUACUAUCGAUUUUGAGAAUUUGACCAUCACACUCCCUAACAGUACUGUGGCGGCACAGUGA